AUAAUAUUUCUUUUUUCCUCGUUUUGCCUACUUAAUUUCAAUAAUGUUCGCAUGCAAAAGCGCGUCCAUGUAUUUUCGAUGGUUCGAGAUGCGUCAACCACACCGAGUUCAUUGGAUGUUUAAGUAGUUAUUUGAAGCGGUUUUCAUAAUAGCAUACGAUACAAAAAUUUACCGGCUACUGUAAUCAAUGCGAUUUAUUUUAUUCAUUUCAUCUAUUUUUUUUUUUUGGCAAAGUCAUUGAACUGUUUUAAACCCGUAUGUACAUUAUUGUAGCUGAUAUUUGAUUUUAUUUUUAAAUGUUCGAUUGUUCGAGUGGACAGUGGUGAUGUGGCUGCCUCUUAAAUUUGUUUUAGAAGUGGAUUUGAUAAAAAAAGCGCAUCUUUUUCAUCGAAUUUUAACAUUCAACGAAAAGUUAAACGAAUUUAUCUAAAGUGGUUGCCAUUCAAAGUAUUGAUAAUGCACCUGUUUCGAAUGUGGUUGUUUAUAAUUGUUUUGAAUACUAUUCAUGAAAAUGUGUUGAGUGCUAUUCUUGAUAUCGAUGAAAAUCUUGUUCUUAAAAUUUGUAACAUGAAGUUCUGCGAUGCAACUAAAUUAAACUGUGAUUUGGAAUAUUGCAUCGAACAAAUGAAACAUCGAACUAAAUUUGGAGAUUGCCCGAAAUAUCCAAAUAAUACACGAAUGAAUUGUUUUGAUGAUUGUGAUGGCCAAGAUUAUAGGUGUUCGGCGGCCCAGAAAUGCUGCUGGAUAAACAAUUGCAAUCGUUCAUGUAUAAUGGCUGAAAAUUUAAAUCGUGUCUCGACAUUUACACUAUUACCAAUUCCAACAAAUAUCAGUGUGAUUAGCAUGGAACACGAGGCAAGAAGAAAAGCAAAAAUAACUUGGCUCAUGCGAAUAGCGCACAGUCGGCGUGAAGAACAAAUCGAUUAUGUUGUUGAAGCACGUGCGCACAUUGGUUACACAUUUUCCAAACACAAAAUGGGUCAGUGGUUUGCGAUAAACACAGAGAAUUUCCAUAUCGAAUCAAUGCACUCACACAAUUCCAAAAUUUCAUGUUUGAUCACACUACAAAUUGGACGAUUUUAUGAGUUUCGAGUAUUAGCAGUCAAUGGAAAUGGCACAAGAGGAUGCUCUGAUACGACUGUAUUCCAACUUAAUGAAAAACCAAAACACGUUUCACCGCCCACCAAUUUAGCGAUUGAUUCAAUUCCCAAAUUAACAGUCAACAACAGUGUGUACACAAGAUUGAAAUGGCAGGAACCAAGCUCAGAAUAUCCCAUUGAAAAAUAUGAACUUUCAUAUUCACUGUAUAUAAAUGAAGGCAAUGGCAGCCUUGUCAUGGAAAAAUUGCGAUUGCCAAUUACGCACACGUUCUACGAAUUCUAUGAUCUCUUGUCAAAUUCAAUGUAUUACAUUCAAUUGGGAUCAAUCUCUUCGUUUGGUAAAAAACGUUUAAAAUCGGAAAAAAUUUCGAUUUACUUAAAUACGACCAUUAAUGCCACUUGAUUUGCUAUUCAAAUACAGCAAUCGUGUAUAAUCGUGUAUGAUACGUAUCAAUUGUUAGAUGAUAUCUUCACGACCCAAGUCUGGAGGGACACAUCAUGCUAUGACACCUUAUAAUAUAAAAAAUAAAAUACAAUUUAUUUGAAUUGAAAUAAAUUUUAAUGCUGCAAGUGUAUGGUUUAGUGAAUAUGUGAUAAUUUAAUUUACGUCAUAAAUAAAAUAACAAGUAUGAUAAUAA